UUCGAACUCUCUGGUUCGACAAAAGUUCGCGACACCCCUAACUGUAGCUCGCCUCUUUAAACAAAGAUGGAGGCGUUACAUUUGUUUACAGGGGUCGCCACAGUUCUAUGCGUCUUUCAAAAUAUUUGUUUUUAAUUUUUGCGCUCGUCAGUCUCCUCAUCUUCACAGCAUCUCGUCGCCAGAACUCUUCUUUGCAACUCUUCCAACAAAAGGUGGAGCCAUGAAUGCAGACGACGAGUCCACGACCGACUUGUCCGUCAAGAGUUCCCUCGUCUGCUUCAUUCAGCGAGAGACCGGGGAGGACACAACAGAGGUGAUAGACGAGAUCCUGCUGUCGUACGUGGUGGCCAUCCUGGAGUCGGACAUCGCGGAGGAGGGCUUUGACGUGUCCGAGUUCCGGGAGAUGCUGUCUGCCUACAUUCCCAGCUUCCAGCACAUCCGAGACGCGAAGAUCUCGUCGUGGGUGCGUCUGCUGUCUGGCCAGGUCAGGAAGCAGCCAGCCAAGCACACUGGGAGCAGCGCACAGCCCAACGGAUGGGCACCCUCCAAGCCCCCAUCCUCCGCGGAGCUCAGGUCGUCAUCCAACAAGUCCGCGUCGCGGUCGAGAAACGUGAGCCAGUCGGAAGACGACGCCGGGAAGCCCAACCACAUCGCCAUCUGCGACGAGUCCUCACUGUGCGACGAGGACACGUUCCGGACGCUGUGCGAGAUGUUUCCCGGAGUGUGCUCGCUGGAGGUGCGCCGCUGCCUGCGGGUGGCCGGCGGGGACUCCGAGGAGGCCGCCCAGCUGCUGCUGCUUGAGCAGAGGGACCCUGAAGCGGGGGAAGGGAUCCCCGCAACGCUCUCCAGGGGUCCCCCGCACCACUCCUCCUCGCGUCAGGGGCUGGCCGCACUCACGCUGGGCGACAAGGAGCUCCGGGAGCAGAUUCUCACCAGAUACGGCUACAUUGACCAGGACGAGGACGGAAAGGAACACAGGCCCGUGGCACCCAAAACGGAGCCCAAGAAACUCAUACGUUACCGCGACAACAAAAUCGUCAGCGUCAAAGGGGAGAAAUACUCGGAGGUCAAGCGGGAGGAGAGCGAUGACAUGAAGCGGACCUACGUCACCCUAAAACCAGCACGGCAAUACAGGUUUCACUAGACGUGCCGGCAACGGUGGCGACACCCGUCAAUCAAACUGAGAAACGACGGCACUUGGACGCGACGGGCACCCGAGACCACGAACUCGAUGCAGUCGCACGUGCGACUUCGGCAGGUUGGUUCCGUCUUUUAGUUACGUGACACCGUUUCUCGCUGCAUUUCGAUAAUCGGAGGGCGCAGUUGUCAGCACACUAACGACGUGACAGUGGUGUGCCACUUUGAGCCCCGUUAGCGAGAAGAAUCUUGGGCACCGCUGCAGGACUAGUCGGAGGAAUUCAGCCACAACAACUUGAAACGGGGAGGUAGCACCUUGGAAGAGCCGACAGCUUCUCGUCCCGAGAUGUUGCCAGGGAGCGACGAGCAUUCGGCUGUAUUGCUGCCCUCCCGUAGGCCAGAAAACACAAGAACGCCUUGUGGCACGGUAGGUAUCUUUACGGUCAGACGGAAAAUUGAGGCACGCAGAGCAGCUAGUCACUCACUUCUUUCUCAUUGGUAGUCUUAUCGUUCGUGGAGCAUGCAGUCAGUUAGCCUUUUACUGAAAGGAUAGGGACUAGCUUCUCCGAACGGAACCACCGAUACCGAUUCUCGGUGAAUCUCAAACGAUUGCACCCAAGUUGCCGAAGCUCGGGUCAAGCUGUCAUGGUUUCAACGCUGUCUUGGGUCAGCGACAGGAGUGUUUUUACUGAAAGAGCUAAUGGACUCUGUUUGUCUUAGUUUCUCAGUGGUAGCAGUGUUUGCCGACAAGGGAGGCAGGUCCGCGCCGAACAAACACAAGGUCGUGCGAGUCACCGUAACGCCCUUUUCCCCUCGCGGAUUUUUAGUUAGGCGGCAGUUUUAGCGUUUACUGAUGCACGAGUUUGGUUCGGCAGUAUUUUUUGUCGUAGUGUACAGUCGGUGUUUUACAUUUGUACUUCAUUCUCGGUGAUGUUCCCAUUUUCAACACUCGCUGUCCUUUCCAUCUCAGAUGCAGGGCAGAUUUUGCAUUUGUGACCCUUAGGUUGCUUUUCAAAUUUAUUUGUUAGGUUUCUCUUAGACUGUUUGGGGCAGUUCUCGAGGCUGGGCUUUAUGCCGCCUUCUAAGCUGUCUUCUGAGCAAGCUUCUAGGCUGUUUCCUAAGCUGUUGUCAAAGCUGGCUCCUGAGCUGUCUGCUAAGUUGGCUUCUAGGCUGGCCUACAAGCCAGCAGAAGACAGCUUAGAAGCCAGCUUUCAUGCUUUCUUUAAGUCGGCUUCUAAACCAUCUUCUGGCCCAGCGUAGAAAGGCAGCUCGUUCAGAUUUUUCCUCAGGUGAAUAUUAAGCUCCGACGGGCAUUGCUCGGUGCUGACGCAAAUCGAGAUGUGGGUGGAAGACGUCUGCAUUAUUUUUGUACAGGGACAAAGCCGGUGCCCAAGGAGAGCAAUACUUGUUUACACAUUCCCAGAGAUUGCAGUGGCACCCUGUUUGGCUGCUCGAUUGUCCCUACGAGGAAGGUGCGCCGGUUGUCUUGCAUGCUUCGGACAGUUUCGUAUGCAGGGAGCAUUUUCUAGACGAAGUGUCACGGCAGUCGUAAAAAAAACUCGUCUAGAAAAUGUCAUUUUUUUUGUUUCCGGCGUCCAUGGACGACGAAAGCAAAAACUUUGUAGUCUGUUUGUCGGGUCUUACAAGUUUCAACUUGUUUUUAGCAACGGGUAGCGUCGGACGUCGGUGCCAAGGCAGUUGAAUUGUAGCGGCGGCAAACAGGAGGUGUUUGUGCUGGAUAAAUGUAACUCGCAGUGGCGCAUCUCCUUUUCGUGGAGACGGCUCUAGCAAUACCAAACAGGCAGCCACGCAGCACAGUUCAACUAUCGACAUAUUUCUGCAAACUCCAUUCAAAUCGCGUUUAGGAGUUUCACGCUUUUUAUUAUGCAUCUGUCUCGGUGUGUUUAGCGUGUCUUAGAUACUGGAAACAGCUGCUACCAUUCUCCGACUUGCAGCAAUCCAACCGAAGUAGCGCAGAACCGAGGUGGCGAGAAUUUGGGAAAGCACUGAGCCAAGUCUCACAAAAUUAAAAUAGCUCAGUGCACACGAGUGCCACUUCUAAGGCGUAGUUCGAAAUGGAAUGUUCCGUCUUGACCGGCCGAACAGUUUGUUUUAGACUAAAAAAGGAGCUACUGAGAAAAAAAAAAUUGUGAGUCUUGUUUGGUAAACACAGUUGAAAACAUAGAAAAGCUAUCUGGUGCUGGGUUGUCUACAAGGUCUGCUAGUGUGGCUGCAGAUGAGAUGAGAAUGUGCGUUAUUGGCUCUUGCAUGGUCUCGACAGCAAUCACCAAUCUUGGUGAUUGCAUUUCGGGACAGGUUGCGACCUAGCGCAGCUUCGACAAGAUUCAACCUUUAGACCUGGAUUUAGCAACAACCUUUAGCCAUGCUAAUGGCAAAAGGUCGUUGUGCACACGGCUAAAGGUCAUACACGACCUUCAGCCGUUAGCAGAUAGAUGACUUUAGCCAUAAAAACCAUGCAAACAGCCAAAGCCAUUUGCACACGGCCUUUAGACGUGCGCAGAUGGCUUUCGGACUUUUAUUCAAAUUAAUACUGACGUAGCAUGUCGCAAACUGCCACCAAGCUUAAAAUUUGUAUUGGUGGCAUCGAAAACAUGUCAAGCUGUGAAGCACCCGGUCUCCCUGCAGGGGAGGGGAUAACGUAGGAGUGUCGAGCCCUUUUUUUUUUUGUUUUUGUUGCUAGAGAUCCAAGUCUGCAGUGUACAGUGUCAUUGGUGUUGUGCCGUCUACAAAGAGCCAUUACGACACCCGUGUUUUCGAAAUAAAUAAAUAAAGAGAUGUGUGUGUAUUUAUGAACUUGCAA